GAAACGGUAGAAUAUGCCUUCCUGAUCAUUUUCACGAUUGAAACCUUCCUCAAGAUCAUAGCUUAUGGACUUGUGAUGCACCAGAACUCCUACGUGAGAAAUGGCUGGAAUAUGUUGGAUUUUGUCAUCGUCAUAGUAGGUCUCUUCAGUGUCGUGCUGGAGCUGGUAACCAAAGAUCGAGAUGUCAGUGGGCAGUCAGGAGGCAAGCCGGGCGGGUUCGAUGUCAAGGCUUUACGAGCUUUUCGAGUUCUGCGACCCCUCCGUCUGGUGUCAGGCGUGCCAAGCUUACAGGUAGUGCUGAACUCCAUCAUUAAAGCCAUGGUUCCUCUGCUGCACAUUGCUCUGCUUGUACUCUUCGUCAUCAUCAUCUAUGCCAUCAUUGGGCUGGAGCUGUUCAUCGGAAAGAUGCAUGCAACCUGCUAUCUGAACGGCACGCGUAUAUUAGCAGAGGAGGACCCAGCUCCCUGUUCUCUUUCUGGUCAUGGGCGUCAUUGUCUUCUCAAUGGCACUGCGUGUCAGGAUGGUUGGCAUGGGCCCAACAAUGGCAUCACAAACUUUGAUAACUUCCUGUUUGCCAUGCUGACUGUGUUCCAGUGUAUCACCAUGGAGGGUUGGACUGAUGUGCUGUACUGGAUGAAUGAUGCUAUGGGCUCUGAGUUGCCUUGGGUCUAUUUUGUCAGUCUGGUCAUUUUUGGCUCCUUCUUUGUCCUCAAUCUAGUAUUGGGUGUUCUCAGUGGAGAGUUCUCUAAGGAGCGUGAGAAGGCCAAGGCUCGUGGAGAUUUCCAGAAAUUGCGUGAGAAGCAACAGCUUGAGGAGGAUCUGAAGGGAUAUCUGGAUUGGAUCACACAAGCUGAGGACAUAGACCCUGAUAAUGAGGAGGAGGGAGAUCAAGAGACCAAACGCAGCCGUACGUAAAAAUACAAUUUCUCAAGAACAAUUUUUUAAGUGGUUACAAAUAAUACAGCAAAAUUGAACUUGUAAGGAUAGAUAGGUCUACAUAGCAUGGAUGUUUAAAUAUGAGUUUGGUUCAUAUGUUCCCCAAUACGGUCAUAUUAUCAAUUAAUCAGUAAUUUUUAUUUAUAUAGUACUUUUAACAAUACAGAUUGUGUCAAAGCACUGAACUGAGAAUAAAUUACUGUAUAAUGACAAGAUUAAACACUUAAUUUUUAUUAAAUGCAGAGGUGGUCUGUGUAAUCAAAUCAGUGAUAAUUUGCUAGAAAUUAAGUGUCCCCCACUAAGCAAGCGAGACGUCAGCAGCAAG